AUUUUUUUUUAAAUAUAAAUUUGUUGAAUCUAAAGAAAUUGGGUUCUAUUACGAAUCAUCUUCCGGCAAUAGGAAUCAUAAAUGCACAAACCAUCAUAUAGAAUGAAAGUGAAACACAGCACACAGGGAAAUCUUGAAAGACAAACACAGUUGUGACAGCAGUGUUGCAGUAAUUUAGAAUGUAGAACUAUAUUCCACUGUAUACAGAUGAAAGGUGCUAUAUGUAAUGAUAGUUUAUGUUAAUUUUGUGAAGAAAAAAAAAGGCAACAGUUUCAUUUAGUUUGGUGAGCACACAAUUUAAAAAUUACACUGUUGUUUCAUAAUUUUUAACCAGAAACAUGACCCACAUACUAAAAACCUUAGUGUAUGACCUGACAAACACCGACAAUUUUUUCAUCUUUCCCCAGAAAUCAAGGUUAAGUGGCCAAACCAGGUAACCACUUGGCUUACACUGGCAGUGGUAUAAGGUAGACAAAAUGGAAGCUUGGAACUUCCAAGUUUUGCUGAAAUUUUUUAACCUUAUUCUAAUGAUAUCCUUUAACUAAAGAAUGGAAGACAACAGGACAUCUUUCAUCUUAGAAAUUUGCUAAAACAGAAAAAGGCAAAGCAUUUAUAUUGCUUUCUUUUACGCCUCAGAAAGAAAAUUUGAAGCAUAAUAUUGCCUUAACAAUUCCAAUGUGAAAAGAUGACAAACUUGUUCCUGAUAAUUUCCAAUAUGGCACAUAUACAUAUAAACCCAAUCAAAUAGCUCUAUAAUAAUUCCUGUAUUCCUGUAUAAAAUUGUCAAAUAGUCCAAUACAACCGAGCUGUCUUCAAGAAAGUACCAGCUCAAUAAUGUCGUGCUUCUCCUUCAGCCAUAGACUAUUCUUCAAACUUUGCGAAUGGGCUUCCUUUCUCAUUUGAGAUUCAGGUGCAGAUUUUUCUUUUUAAUUUUAUUUUUGAAACAAAAAAGAAAACACAGAUGGUUGUGGAAACUUCUUCAAAAAUAGAAUUGUCAAGAUCCAAUAAAGCUUUAUAGAACGUUAUUAACUAAUUUAAGUUAUGCACUCAAGAAGUGGGUAAUUGCUUUGUUACUUGUCAAAAGGGAGUUUGAUCAUAAACAAAAGGCAAGGUCCCUUUUAGGAAACCGCAUUAAUGGUUCAAUUCCAAAGGAAAUCAAAUCAGAGACAUUGCUACUCUUGAGGAGCUGGUCUUGGAAGAUAAUCAGCUUGGAGGACCUCUUCAUCAAAACCUUGGAAAUUUGAGCUGCAUGAGGAGGCUCUUUCUUUCUGCCAACAAUUUUACUGGAACAAUUCCAGACACAUUCAGCAAAUUGAAGAACUUGACAGAUUUGCACAUGCAAGGCACAUCCAUGGAUGGCCCCAUUCCUUCUACCAUAUCCCAGCUGAAAAACAUAACCGAGUUGCAAACCAUUGAUGUUCUGGCUGCGAGACUCUACUUCUAUUACUCUCUCAGUUAUGAGCUCACUGGUGAUCUUGCUGAAAUUCGGAGGAGUUGUUCUGUUUCCAGAGGCUACCCUUCCUCUAAGAGUUAUACAACCUAACUUUAUAGCUGCUAUUGAAAGAGCUUUGUGCUAAGUUGAUACUCCUUA